AUGGAGGGAAAACGUCCAAAUUUCCUUGUCAUUGUUGCUGAUGACCUCGGGUUUAGCGACUGCAGCUGCUUCGGCUCCGAGAUCAAUACCCCUCACAUUGAUGCCAUCGCGGCUGAGAGCAAUGCUAUUCGAUAUACAAACUUCCACGUUGCUGCAGCUUGCUCUCCUACCCGCUCUAUGUUGAUGACUGGAACCGAUCACCAUAUUGCCGGACUCGGCCAGCUCCAGGAAAUCACCCGCGCUUCCCCGGCUCAUUACGGUAAACCUGGUCACGAAGGCUAUCUAAACCAACGUGUCGUUGCUCUUCCCGAGCUCCUCUCUGACGGGGGCUACUUCACUUGCAUGUCUGGCAAGUGGCACCUCGGGCUUAAACCAGAGCACCACCCCAUCCGUCGCGGAUUCAAGAAGUCAUUCGCCCUUCUACCCGGGUGUGCGAACCACUACGCGUACGAGCCGCAGUAUAAAGAUCCAAGCACAGAGCCCGGAAAGUUCUUUGAGACAGCCACGCGUGCCUUGCACGUGGAAGACGACAAGGUGCUUGGCCGACUACCAGACGGUUUCUACAGCAGCGACUCCUACGCCGACAAACUCAUGUCAUACCUCGACGACCGAACGCAGGAGGAGAAGGAGCAGCCCUUUUUUGCCUAUCUCCCAUUCAGCGCGCCCCAUUGGCCUCUUCAGGCACCAAAAGAUGUUUGUGAUAAAUACAAAGGCCUCUAUGAUGAUGGCCCAGAGGCGUUGCGCCAGAGGAGACUUGCGAGACUUAAAGAGCUAGGGAUGGUUCAACCAGACGUUACUCCGCACCCUGUCGUCAUAAUUGAUGGGAAACCCGAAAACUGGGACGAACUUCCCGAGCAUGUGCGUAAGGCUUCCAGCCGUGCCAUGGAAGUCUACGCGGGCAUGGUUGACCGCAUGGACUGGAAUAUUGGCCGGGUGGUCGACUAUCUGCGGAAAAGCGGCGAGUAUGAUAACACCUUCGUCCUAUUCAUGAGCGACAACGGAGCUGAGGGCGCGAGCUAUGAGACUCAACCUAUCGUUGGAGACAGUAUAAUGGCCCACGUGGAAAAGUACUAUGACAAUAGUCUGGAAAACAUUGGCCGUGGAAAUAGCUUUGUGUGGUAUGGGUGCCGCUGGGCCCAAGCCGCCACGGCUCCCUCACGACUCUACAAGAUGCAUUCGACCGAAGGCGGAUGUCGAGUGCCUCUAGUAGUGCGACCACCUGUGGGCAAAGGCGCCAACCUGGCACCCAGCAAGGGCAUCAUCACCGACGCAUUCUGCACUGUCAUGGACAUCGUGCCAACAAUCCUGGAAAUGGCCAUCCUGCAGCAUCCCGGAACGUGUUACAAAGGCAGAGAGAUUGCGCCUCUUCGUGGUCGAAGUUGGACCAAGUUCUUUUCGCUCAUCUACUCCAACGUGGAAGCCAAUGGACACGCCGAAGCCGAGGUCCAUGGCCAGGACUAUGUGGUGGGAUUUGAAGUGGCUGGCUCAGGGGCUCUGCGGCGCGGUGAUUGGAAAAUCACAUUCGUACCAGCUCCCAAGGGUCCGCAAAGGUGGGAGCUAUUCAAUAUCCGCCAAGAUCCUGGAGAAGUAACGGAUCUGUCUGAACAGCACCCUCAUCUUUUGGAAGAAAUGUUGAAAUUGUGGGAUGAGUAUAAAAAUGAUGUCGGCGUCGUUGGUCUGGCCGGAGAGUAUGAAAAUGGUAUCCAGGGAGAUGCAAGGACAUCUUUGGUGGAUGAGAUGGACGACCCUUACGCGUGGAUCAAGUAUAUUGGACGCCCUGAAAUAACGCCAGAGAGGCUAAAGGGUGUCAUCCCAACUGUAUCAUGA